AGAGUCCUUUAUUGGGCGUCUGCUAUGUGCCAAGCCCUCAGAAUAUUGGAACAAAACGGUCUUUGCUGUGUAGAGUUUACGGUCUGCUGGAGAGAGACCUAAAAUGAGCUCACAAAUAGAUAGUAUGGUGAGCUAUAGGGUAAUGUAUGGUAUGGAAAAAAUAGAACAGGGUAAAGAGAAGAUGAGGUGAGGGUAGAGGGGCAGUUUGCAACUUUUAGAUAGGAUUCUCAAGGUAGGCUUCUUUUAAAAAGUUACAUUGAGCAAAGAUUUGAAGGAGGUAAUGGGGUAAACUAUGCAGUUUUCUGGGGGAAGAGCUGCUAAUCUGAGAAAAGUUAGUUAUCUAGGAGAAAAGCUGUCCAGGAAAAGGAAAGAUACAGCAACAAGGCUCCUUAGAAGCAAGCCUGGCGUGUUCUGGAAACUCCGUGGAGGCCAGGAGGAGAGGUGGGGCGGGGGUUAGGAAUGACAGAUUGUAAGGACCUUGGCUUUUAUUUUAUGUGAGACAGAUGCAGAUCUCUUGGAGGAUUUUGACAAAAGGAGUGGUCUGAUUUACAUUUUAAAAGCAUCACUCAGACUCUUCUUUGGAGAAUAGACUUUAGGGGAAGGAAAGUGAAAGGAAGGAGGAAAUGACAGUGGCUUGAACCAGAGUAGUUUUAAUGGAAGUAGUGAGAAGUGAUUAGAUUCUUUUGGGAGGUACAGUUGAGUGAAGGGCAUGAGAGAAAGAGAAGCGUCAAGGAUGACUCCAAGACUUUUGAACUAAGCGACUGGAAGGAUGAAGUUACCAUCGGUUGACAUGGGAGAGUCUUCAGGUGGAGCAAAUUUGAAGGUUAAGAUCAAGAUUUCAGUUCUGGAAAUACUAAAUUUGAGACACUUAUUAGUCAACUGAUCGUUGUUGUCAAGUAGUCACUUGUCCGGAUGUAUGAUUUGGCAGGAGAGAAAGGUGUGGGCUAGAGAUCAAAAUUUAGGAGUCAUCGGUAUUUCAGACCAUUAUAGUGAAUGUAGCUAAAGAACUGAAAAAGAGAAGCAGACCAAGGACUGAACUCGGGAGCAGUCCCACGUGAAGAGCUGGAGGGAAAAGGAGGACCCAGUAAAGGAGAAUGAGAAGAGGAAAUCAAGAGAGUGUUGUGGAAGCAAGUGAAGAAGGUAUAAGAGACUGUGUUAAACAUCAUGGAGGAAAAAAGACAUCAUAUUUGCCCUCAUGUAGCUUACAGUUUAGAAGAAGAUGAAGCACAAUUCAAGUUGUAUGUUCAGCAACAAAGCACUUGAUGACGUGCAAUGUGGAUCCUUUAAAAGAGGCAGAUGCAUGAAGUUUGGAGCAGUGAAUAAACUUGGAGCUUUGCAGAACAGAGAAGGUGGAGGCAAAGAGGAAGAGAAAAAGCACCAGAAGGAGAAAAAGCCAGUAAUGGAAGCUGGAGAGAAGAAUGAAAAUUUGAAAGAGGAAGAACCAAUACUCUUAAAAUAUUUUGUUGCACCACCCAGGACACUAUGAAAAUGAAGUUGCCACUGACUAGGAGUCAGCAGUAAUCUGCUGGCUUCAGAUGAACUCAAACCAACAUGGAACCCCAAAGGCCAGGCUGUAGAAGGUCAUCUUUGAAUCUCCUUGAAAAUGAUGAGGUGGAGUUUGUCCGAACUGGCUAUGGGAAGGAUAUGAUAAAAGUUCUCCAUAUUCAGCGAGAUGGGAAAUAUCACAGCAUUAAAGAGGUGGCAACUUCUGUGCAACUUACUCUGAGCUCCAAAAAAGAGUACCUCCGUGGAGAUAACUCAGACGUCAUCCCUACAGACACCAUGAAGAACACAGUUCAUGUCUUGGCAAAGUUCAAGGGGAUCAAAAGCAUAGAAGCCUUUGCUAUGAGUAUCUGUGAGCAUUUCCUUUCUUCUUUUAACCAUGUCAUCCGAGUUCAAGUCUACAUGGAAGAAGUCCCUUGGAAGCGUUUUGAAAAGAAUGGAGUUAAGCAUGUCCACGCAUUUAUUCACACUCCCACUGCAACGCGCUUCUGUGAGGUGGAACAGAUGAAGAACGCACCUCCAGUCAUUCAUUCUGGAAUCAAAGACCUCAAGGUCUUGAAAACCACCCAGUCUGGAUUUGAAGGAUUCAUCAAGGACCAGUUCACCACCCUCCCUGAGGUGAAGGACCGGUGCUUUGCCACUCAAGUGUACUGCAAGUGGCGCUACCACCAGUGCAGAGACGUGGAGUUUGACGCUACCUGGGACACAGUUCAGGACAUUAUCCUAGAGAAAUUUGCUGGACCCUAUGACAAAGGCGAGUACUCUCCCUCUGUCCAGAAGACCCUUUAUGACAUCCAGGUGCUCUCCCUGAGCCGGGUUCCUGAGAUAGAAGAUAUAGAAAUCAGCCUGCCAAACAUUCACUACUUUAACAUAGACAUGUCCAAAAUGGGACUGAUCAACAAGGAAGAGGUUUUGCUACCAUUAGAUAAUCCAUAUGGCAGAAUUACCAGUACUGUCAAGAGGAAGCUAACUUCAAGGCUGUGACAUUGUAGCCACCAGUGGGAGUCCACUCUCAGCUGAGGAGUUCCUUAAGCCACUUGUGAUGCUGGCAGUCAUAGCCAGUAGCCAUGCAAAUUUUCAACCUCGUAUGUUAAUUGAUAGUGUUCAUUUUCAUCCUAUAAAAGAAUUCUACACCUAGCUCAGCAAGGUGUUUUGUGAUUGGUAAUUAUGACACGCUUUAUGGAUGCAAUUUACUUCACAAAUGCUGAGCAGUAUUUCUUUAAUCAUAAAUCAGUAUUUCUUUUUAGUUAUUUUGUGCCUUCCUAUCUUAGAGAAGCUUUAGAAUCAAUUCACUAAGAAAAUAUUUAUGAAUUAAUGGAGGUGUCAUAUCAAUUAAUUUGUGCACAAGUUUAAGAAGCAAGUUUCAUCCUACUGAUGUUAAAACUUUGCUUCUGGGUAAUGCAGAAAAUAUAAUGACAAAAUCGUAUUUUGAAAAAUAUCAUCAUUAUGACUUCAAUUGUAUUGAAUAUUUGAAUAUUUAAAAAUGCUAUAGCAAAUAUAUCAUUGGGAGUUUAUUUGUACUCUAAAAGUACUUUUGUAUCUUAAUGCAUUGGUUUUAUGACUUACACAACUCUUAGAGAAUAUUUAGUACACAUUGGGGCACCGAGAAAAAGUGUAAAUUGUUUUCCUUUGAAUAAUGCAUCACUUUGGCACAAACAGCCACAUUUAAUAAAUGCUAAAUCAAGACACAGAUGGAUGAAUAUGUAUAUAGAAAGAAGACUAGAUAUAUGAAAAUAUCAGCAAUGAUGAUUUCUGGAUGGUGGGAUUAUGAGUGAUGUUUAUUUUUUGCCAUGUAAUUUUCUGAAUCUUCCAAAUGUGAACAUUUAUUACUAUUUUCAGAGAAAUAAAUAUAAUUGAUGAUUUAA